CAUUUGCAAGAAAAUUUCACUUAGUAAGUCACAAUCUCAUCCAUACUGGAGAAAAGCAAUUUAAAUGUGACAUUUGUAGUAAAACAUUUGCAAGAAAAUUUCACUUAGUAAGCCACAAUCUUAUCCAUACUGGAGAAAAGCAGUUUAAAUGUGACAUUUGUAGUAAAACAUUUGCAAGAAAAUCUUACUUAGUAAGUCACAAUCUCAUCCAUACUGGAAAAAAGCAAUUUAAAUGUGACAUUUGUUUUAAAGAAUUUGCAAGGAAAGAUACAUUGGUAACACACAAUAUCAUUCAUACUGGAGAAAAGCAGUUUAAAUGUGACAUUUGCUCAAAAACCUUUGCACGUAAGGGCAACUUAGUACAUCACAACCUCAUCCAUACUGGAGAAAAACAGUUUAAAUGUGACGUUUGUUCAAAAACAUUUGCUUUGAAAUCUAACUUAGUAAUACACAAUAUUGUCCAUACAAGAGAAAGGAAGUUUAAAUGUGACACUUGCUCUAAAACGUUUACAUGGAAAUCUGCCUUAGUAAGUCACAAUCUCAUUCAUACUGGAGAAAAACAAUUUAAAUGUGACAUUUGUUCUAAAACAUUUGCACGGAAAUUCAACUUAGGGUUACACAAUCUCAUCCAUACUGGAGAAAAGAAAUUUAAAUGUGAUAUUUGUUCUAAAACAUUUGCACAGAAAUCUUAUUUAGUAUCUCACAAUCUCAUUCAUACUGGAAUUAAGCAGUUUAAAUGCAACAUUUGUUCUAAAGCAUUUGCAAGGAAGUCAGAUAUAGGAAUUCACAAUCUCAUCCAUACUGGUGAAAAGAAAUUUAAAUGUGACAUUUGUUCUAAAACAUUUGUACAUAAAUCUCAUUUAGUAUCUCACAAUCUCAUUCAUACUGGAGAAAAGCAGUUUAAAUGUGACAUUUGUUUUAAAGAAUUUUCACAGAAAGCUACAUUGGUAACACACAAUCUCAUUCAUACUGGAAAAAAGCAGUUUAAAUGUGACAUUUGUUCAAAAACAUUUGCUUUGAAAUCUUACUUAGUAAAACACAAUAUCAUCCAUACGAGGGAAAGGAAGUUUAAAUGUGACAUAUGUUAUAAAACUUUUGCCUGGAAGUCUAGCUUAGUAAAGCACAAUCACAAUCACACUGAAGAAAGCCAGUUUAAAUGUGACGUUUGUUUCAAAACAUUUGCAAGCAAAUCUGAGGUAGCAAGUCACAAUCUCAUCCAUACUGGAGAAAAGAAAUUUAAAUGUGACAUUUGCUCCAAAACAUUUGCUAAGAAAUCUCAUUUAGUAAGUCAUAAUCUUAUCCACACUGGAGAAAAGCAGUUUAAAUGUCACAUUUGUUCAAAAACAUUUACAAGGAAAUCUCAUUUAGUAAACCACAAACUCAUCCAUACUGGUUAAAAGAAAUUUAAAUGUGAAAUUUGUCAUAAAGUAUUUGCACAUAACUCUUACUUAGUAUAUCACAAUCUCAUUCAUACUGGAGAGAAGAAAUUUGAAUGUGACAUUUGUUCUAAAACAUUUGCAAGGAAGUCAGAAAUAGCAAUUCACAAUCUCAUCCAUACUGGUGAAAAGAAAUUUAAAUGUGACAUUUGUUCUAAAACAUUUGCACAGAAAUUUCACUUAGUAAGCCACAAUCUCAUCCUUACUGGUGAAAAGAAAUUUAAAUGUGACAUUUGUUCAAAAACCUUUCCAAAGAAAUCUCAUUUACUAAGUCACACUCUCAUCCAUACUAGAGAUAAGAAAUUUAAAUGUGAAAUUUGUCAUAAAGUAUUUGCACAUAAUUCUCACUUAGUAUGUCACAAUCUCAUUCAUACUGGAGAGAAGAAAUUUGAAUGUCACAUUUGUUCAAAAACAUUUGAAUGGAAAUCUAACUUAGAAGGUCACCUUUUCAUCCACACUGGAGAAAAGCAGUUUAAAUGUGACAUUUGUUUUAAAGCAUUUGCACUCAAGUCCAGCUUACUAAAGCACAAUCGCAUUCAUACUGGAGAAAAACAGUUUAAAUGUGACAUUUGUUUAAAAAAAUUUGCACAGAAAUCUCAUUUAAAUAGGCACAAUCUCAUAUAUACUGGAGAAAAGAAAUUUAAAUGUUACAUUUGUUCCAAGAUGUUUGCAACAAAAUCUGAUUUAUUAAGUCAUAAUCUCAUCCACACUGGAGAAAAUAUGUGUUAUCUGUUUCAAAAGAUUUGCAAGGAAAUCUAAUUUACUAAGUCACACUUUCAUCCAUACGAGAGAAAAGAAAUGUGAAUGUCACAUUUGUCAUAAAGCAUUUGCAAAU